AUGAAGCUAUCCAGCAUCGUGCAGCUUCCAGCGCUGCUGGCUGCGACCCUGCUGGCUCCGCCAUCCCUCGUCGCAGCAGAGCACACCAGCAAUUGGGCGGUUCUCGUCGGAACGUCACGUUUUUGGUUCAACUAUCGUCAUCUCGCCAAUGUUCUUUCCAUGUACCGGACGGUCAAGCGCCUCGGCAUCCCCGACUCCCAGAUCAUCAUGAUGCUGCCCGACGACAUGGCGUGCAACCCGCGCAACGCAUUCGCCGGCACCGUCUACAGUAACGCGGAUCGCGCGGUCGACCUCUACGGCGAUAACAUCGAAGUCGACUACAGAGGCUACGAAGUGACAGUCGAGAAUUUCAUCCGGCUCCUGACGGAUCGUGUGGGCGACGAGAUGCCGCGCAGCAAGCGUCUGCUUACGGACGAUCGCAGCAACAUCUUUGUCUACAUGACGGGCCACGGUGGCAAUGAGUUCCUCAAGUUCCAAGAUGCGGAGGAGAUCGGCGCGUGGGAUCUUGCCGAUGCUUUCGAGCAGAUGUGGGAGAAGAAGAGAUACCAUGAGAUCUUGUUCAUGAUCGACACAUGCCAGGCGAACACAAUGUUCAGCAAGCUAUAUUCACCCAACAUCAUUGCAACUGGCUCUUCCGAGCUCGACCAGUCCUCGUACUCACACCAUGCCGACAACGACGUCGGUGUCGCCGUCAUUGACCGCUACACAUACUACAACCUAGAGUUCCUUGAGAAUGAAGUCAAAGACCUGAGCAGCAAAAAGACUAUUGGGGAGCUCUUUGACAGCUACACGUACGAAAAGAUUCACUCAAAUGCCGGUACGCGGUAUGAUCUGUUUCAGGGAGGCGCGGAGGUCGCUCGCAGUCGCCUCCUUACAGACUUCUUUGGUAACAUACAAAAUGUCGAGGUUGACGCUGGCACGAAUUCGACGAUCGAUGACGAGAUGAUCACCCUCAGCCGGACGAUUGCACGCCUCAAGCUCUUGGCAGACGAGGAGGAGGCAGCAGCGGAAGCGGCCAAGGGAGAGUCAACCAGGAAUACCUCCAAGACCUCCACCCACGCCACUUCGCCGCCGAAGAGGAUCCAGAGAACUGCCUCGCUGACUGAUGAGAGGCAGUGGGUGAAGAAGCUCAUAGGUGCAACUGCGAUUGCUGGCUGCACAGGACUGUGGUACCUUGGGUCGUACCUGGAUGCGUCAAAGCGGAAGACUGUUAAGCAGUAG